AAAGGGGAAUUUGAGGUCAUUUGGGCACGUCGAUCUCUGUGUUUACGUUCCUCCCCAUCGUGGCCCGGCCUGCUGCUUCUCAUUUCUGUCCUUUCAGCCUUAUAUUAGUGCUUUCUUCCUUUAGAUGGCAGAGCAGAAUGGCGCACUCAAGACGCCAGCUAACAAGGGGCAGAGUGGGGCGCCGAGUGGAAGCACCAGUAGUGGAGCAGCAGCGUCGGCGCGGCUGCCCACCUUCCGUGCCCCCCGUGACCUGACCCUCUCCGCCUCCACCACCGCCCUCGUCAAGCCGUCCCUCAUGACCCGGACAAGGAAGACUUUCUCGCCAAAUAUUCCGUCGAAGAGAGAAAAAGUCGAUAAUUCUUUCGAGACACACUCCGACAAGCCAACGAAAAGGCGCGAUCGUGAUAAGAAUGCCAAGAAGGAGGGUGGACGAGGGCGUGGGAAGAACAAGGAAUUUAUACAGACUGCUGGGUCACUUUUCGGCGAGGGUAUAGCGGGAGCCACACCAAGACGAGGGGGGCCAGGCAGUUUCGGGGGUCGUGGCGGUGGCGGCGGAGGCUCAGCGAAGGCAGAGGCAGGGUUCAUCCACAAGCCUGUACUGAACCUGGAGACGGUGAACAACAUUGACAAGGAACACGAGGACCAAAAACUGAAGGAGCUGCUACGAGAUGACUUCAUUGACGACCCGGAUGAUGUUUUGGGUCACUCGGAAGAGGACCUGUUUCCCGUGCAGUUGCCGCUGGUCACGUGUGGACGGAGCUUCAAGGAGGAGGAGGAUAUCAAGCCACCGAUCCCUGCUGGUGACCUGGGCGUUGAGGUAAAGAAAGAGCCUGAAGAGUCCAGUGAAGACCCCGAGGCAGGUUCAGCAGCGCCAGAAGCAAAGAAUUUAAAGCCGCCUGACAAGAAGGUGCUGCUGAAGACUGGGCUACCGGCACAAGGGAAGGCACCUGAGCUCUCUGUCACCCAGCUCCUGUCCGGCAAGCACGAGGAGGUUCUCUUCUUCCAGCUGCCUAACUCCCUGCCCAGUCACCCCCCAGAGGUCAAGCAGGAGCCCAGCGCCAUCCACUCCGUGCAGCAGCAACAGAAGGCCUCCAACAGCGCGGAGGGCGAGGAGGAGAAGAAGGCGGCCCCCCAGUACUGCACCCUCAACACCUUGCCGGAGGGACACAUCGGGAACCUGAAAGUGUACAAGUCCGGCAAGGUGGAGCUCUGGCUGGGCAACCACAAACUGGCUGUCAGCAAAGGCACACAAGUCGGCUUCCUGCAGGAUGUUGUGAGCAUCGACGUUGACUCCGAAACCAAGACAGGCACCAUGACAGCCCUGGGUCACGUGGGUCACCGCCUGGUCUGCACGCCCGACCUGGAGGCUCUCGUCCGGCAGAUGAAGACUUAGCACAGGUUGGUCGCUAGUGGUUCUCCGUAGUCGUCGUCGCGUCGCCGCCGUGUUUGAGAAAGCUUUAACGUUUAUUUUUUUAUCGUUGAGUUACGUAUAGCGAGUGCUUUUUUUUCCUUCUCUUUCUUUAUAUAUUUAACCCUUAGACGGCGGUGGAGCUAUGUAUGGACGGUCCAAAAUUCAGUAUGUCAGUUUUGUAUGGCUGAAAUAUAACACUCCGUUGCCAGGUUAUCGUACUCAGAGCAUAGUAUUUACCUGUUUCUGACGCCUAACUAUUGCCAAGAAACAUCAGGCUCUAACUCUUUUAACAGUAACUAUAAAUGAGUUUCGUUAUUGGCGCCCAGAAGACAAUUUUGGGGCAGGAAGUCGGGAAAUAUAAGCGGCUGAGUACGACAAUCUGGCAGCGUUGGCGGCAGAAUCUAUAUAUAUACGAUAAUUAAAACACCUCUCAUGCGGCGUAACUAUAUUUAUGCUGCGGUCCUAAGGUUGGCAGUGACUAUAUAUAAACAACUUAAUGGAAAAAAAAUUGUACUCAGUCAAAUAUAUUCUCUCUUCUUUUUGUCACCAGUAAUAGAUAUUUUCCCUACUCCUCCUCUUCUCAUUUUUCAGGGGAGCUACUCUUUAAAUACUGCCGGCGUCUGAGGGUUAAUUCUGUCGUGAAUGAUACGUGUUUGAUCCGCCGUGGUGGGUGCUAACUUGUGAUUGGUGGGUCAUGCGUUGUGUUCUUGGCCCAUAUUAAACAUUUCCUCAUGGCCUACACACCUAUGUUUGAUAAGGCUUUCAUCGAGGUUAGGUUAGGUUAGGUUAAGUCACUCGCCCUUAGGCUCAUCAAACUACCUCUAGAAAUAUUAACACGCACAUAUUAGAUAAGGUUUUCAAAGAGGUCAGGUCAGGUCAGGUCACACUAGCACUAGGCUCAUAAAACUAUCCCUGGAAACACUUACAGACACACAUUGGAUAAGGUUUUCAAAGAGGUCAGGUCAGGUCACACUACCACUAGGCUCAUAAAACUAACCCUGGAAACACUAACACACACACACACACACAUUGGAUAAGGUUUUCAAAGAGGUCAGGUCAGGUCACACUACCACUAGGCUCAUAAAACUACCCCUGGAAAUAUUAACACAACAUCCUCUACCAAAGCCUUAUCCAGGAUGAGUGUGUAGGCCCCAGAAUGUUUGAGAAUAUGGGACUGUAGAGGUUGUGUUAGUAUUUCCAUGGGUAGUUUUAUGAGCCUGGUGAUAGUGUGACAAAACUUCUGCACCGUGAAUCUGAAAAACACUUGAGAACUUGGCUAAUCUCUGUUGCCUUGGGAAAUAUUUGUCGAGAGAGCCCAUAGAGGUUGUGUUAGUAUUUCCAUGAGUAGUUUUAUGAGCCUGGUGAUAGUGUGACAAGGCAUCUGCACUGUGAAUAUGAAUAAUACUCUUGAAAACUUGGCUAAUCUCUGUGGGUUUUGGAUAUAUUUGUCGGGAGAGCCCAUAGAGGUUGUGUUAGUAUUUCCAUGAGUAGUUUUAUGAGCCUGGUGAUAGUGUGACAAAACUUCUGCACUGCAAACACGAAAAACCCUUUUGAGAACUUGGCUAACCUCCUCUGCGCCCUUGGGAAAUAUGGUCAUGAGAGCUGAAAAUGUCUAAGAAAAUUGGCCUUUGUGUGAACCCUGGAGCCUGCCCAAGCCUUUCUGCUGGCCGGAGGAGCACUGAGACACUCGCCCUCACCUCCCCGCACCUUCUGUAGAUCUGUCUUCUUCAGGAGCAGUGUUAUGAGAUUAUCCCACUCAGCACAUUGUAUAGAUUUCCGACCCAUAACUAGUGCAAGAAAACGACAGUAAUCAAAGGUUUUAGCGGUAACUUUAAUGGAGUAUUGUUAUUGGUGUUUGGGAGUGAUAAUUGUAUUGUAUUUUCCGUUUUCCGACCCGUAACUAAUGCGAGUAAGACAGCUGUAAUUAACGGUUUUAACAAUAACUUUAAUGGACUGUCGUUAUUUGUUUGGGAAUGUAUAUCAAUUUUGGGUCUGGAAGUGAUGACUGGAUUGUAUUUUCCAACUUCAGACCCAUGACUAGUGCAAGAAAAUCGACGGGAAGCAACAGGUUUAGCGGUAACUUUAAUGGAGUAGCGUUGUUUGUGUGGGUAUGAAAGUUUUAGGUCUGGAAAUGAUAACUCCACUGUAUUUUCCAACUUCUGACCCGUAACUAUAACAAGACGAGCGACAAUAAUCAAUGGUUUUACUAACUUUAAUGGAGAACAUGGAGAAUGGAGAAUGGAGAGGAACAGAGAAUGGAGAAUGGAAAGGAAUAGAGAUUGGAGAAUGAGAAUGUAGAGUCAUGGAAGUGUUAGAAAUAGAGGAAGGAUUAGCACUGGGUUGAGUAAGACGGAAGAGGAUCAUCGCAAGUCCGCCCCCGAGAAUGGAAGAAGAUGGACUGUAAACAAAGAAGAAGGAAUAUUAUGUGUGGGUGCGACAAUUUUGGGUCUGGGGUCAGUAUUAUAAGAUACUUUUACCUCUCGCAUAAAUUAUUUCUAAAGGUCAUAGAGGGGAUCAAUUGGGUUCUAAUGGGUGUUUUUUUACAUUCAUGGUACAGAGGAAGGGUCAAACUACCACCAGGGUCAUAAAACUACUCCUGGAAAUGCCCAAAACUCCUACGAAAGCCUUGUCAAAUAUGUGAAUUUGGGAGAUGUUUUAAAAUAUGCCCCUAAAAGUUAAAUCCAAUGUUCCAGACACAAUAAUCUGUUAAUUAAUUUCUAAAAGUCAAAGAGGGGAUUAACCGGGUUCUAAUGUGUGUUUCUUUAGGUUCACGGUACAGAAGAAGGGUCAAACUGCCACCAGGGUCAUAAAACUAUUCCUGGAAAUGCCUAAAACUUAUUUGAAAGCCUUGUUAAAAUACGCCCCUGAAAGUGUUAAAUGCAAUGUUCCGGGCACGAUAAUCUGUUAAUGCUGUUUGGGGGUCAUUUUUAUAUGCUAGAGUUUUCAAUUAAGAGAGUUUUGUAUUAUAAAGACACCACUUGUAGCAUUAAGGGUUUUUAUUAAGGAAUCUUGUAAUAUUUGAUAGUAAUAAAUUAAAUAAGUUAAAAAUUGGGGGAAAAUUUGGGGGAGUCAUUGAUGAAUAAAUUUUAUCUGUAUGGU